CUUUUCGGGCGCGGUCUUCUAUAUAAAGCAUCCGGCGAGAUGUCUUGAGGCAGUUCGGCGAGUACUGAAUUAUCAUUCAGCAGCGCAACCAAAAAAAACAAAACUCAACAUGAAGUUCUUCGUUUUGGCUUCCGCACUUUUCGUCAUUGCUAAAGCUGGUGUUAUUCCAUCAGUGGCUGUACCCGCAGUUACCCGCAUAACUGCUCCAGCUUUUCUAACAGCCAUUCCAUUGGCUCGCCAUUCUAGCCAGUAUCAUUCCCAGGACUCAAUUGGUCAGUAUUCGUACGGUUAUGCUAAUGACCUGUCAGCUAAAAACGAAAUCAAAUCUGCCGAUGGUCAGACCGUAGGAUCUUAUUCUUACAUCGAUGGAAAUGGACAGAUACAAAAUGUUCAAUACAGGUAAUUAGAAUUAGUGUA